UCUUGAGGGGCAGGAAAGCAGAGACCCUGGUGGAAACCUGGGCAGAUUGGCAUGGCUUGGCUUGCCCCCCCCCCCUUGCUUUCCCCUUCUGGUUGCUUGGCCUCUCUCCGGGGGGGGGGCAGGCUCCGAGGUUAGCUUCUGCUAUGGGGUGGGUGGCAACAAAGGGACCCGGAAGAGGAGCAGUUGGCAGAAAUGGGCAGGCCAAGAGCAGCUCCUGAGAGCAGCUGCUGGCAGCCUUUGCCCCUCUGCCCUGAACUGCAGGAGGGCAGUUCUGCUGCCAGGAAACCCAGAUAAACUGCCCAGUCCAGCUGCUGCCCAGAGGGAGCCAGGAUGGCUGGUGCGUCCGUCAAAGUGGCCGUCCGGGUCCGGCCCUUCAAUGCCCGAGAGAUCAGCCACGCGGCCAGCUGCGUCAUCCAGAUGCAAGGACCCACCACCUGCAUCGCCAACCCCAAGCAGGCCAAGGACCCUCCCAAGAGCUUCACCUUCGAUUACUCCUACUGGUCCCACACCUCGGAGGACGACCCCCACUUCGCUUCCCAGCACCAGGUCUACAAGGACAUAGGGGAGGAGAUGCUGCUCCACGCCUUUGAGGGCUACAACGUCUGCAUCUUUGCCUACGGGCAGACGGGGGCCGGCAAGUCGUACACCAUGAUGGGCAAGCAGGAGAAGGGCCAGCAGGGCAUCAUCCCUCAGCUCUGUGAAGACCUCUUUCUCCGAGUGGCCGAGGAAGCGUCGCCCUGCCUGUCCUGUUCUGUGGAGGUGAGCUACAUGGAGAUCUACUGUGAGCGUGUGCGGGAUCUUCUGAGCGCCAAAAGCCGUGGGAACCUGCGUGUGCGUGAGCACCCCAUCAUGGGGCCGUACGUGGAGGGCCUCUCCAAGCUGGCCGUCACGUCUUUCGAGGACAUUGCUGACCUCAUGGACUGCGGCAAUAAAGCCAGGACUGUGGCAGCAACCAAUAUGAAUGAAACCAGCAGCCGCUCCCACGCCGUGUUCACCAUUGUCUUCACCCAGCGCCGGCAUGAUGAACUCACAGACUUGGACGCUGAGAAGGUUAGCAAGAUCAGUUUGGUGGAUCUGGCGGGCAGCGAGCGAGCGGACUCGUCAGGCGCGAAGGGCAUGAGGCUCAAGGAAGGCGCCAACAUCAACAAAUCCCUGACCACCUUGGGCAAGGUCAUCUCCGCCUUGGCCGAGAUGCAAAGCAACCACAAGAGGAAGAAAUCCGAAUUCAUCCCAUACCGGGAUUCGGUGCUCACCUGGCUGCUGAAGGAGAACUUGGGGGGAAACUCCCGCACGGCCAUGAUCGCCGCCCUCAGCCCAGCCGACAUUAACUAUGAGGAGACACUGAGCACCCUCCGUUACGCCGACCGUGCCAAGCAGAUCCGCUGCAAUGCCAUCAUCAACGAGGACCCCAACGCCCGGCUCAUCCGUGAGCUGAAGGAGGAGGUGGCCAGGCUGCGGGACCUCCUCUCCGCCCAGGGACUCUCGGGUGCCUGCUUCUCGGGGCCCGAGCCAGCCGAUCCAGGUGGCGGGCAGAGCAUUCCCAGUGCUCCCUUUGCCUCAAUGGCCUCCUCCUCUCUCCUGCUGGAACCCGUUGCCCUCAAUGGGGAGCUGGAGCUGCAGCUGCCAGACUCUGAGGAGCAGAUGCUGUGCACGGAGGAGGCCAUGGAAAGGUUGCAGGAGACCGAGAGGAUCAUUGCGGAGUUGAAUGAAACCUGGGAGGAAAAACUGCGGAAAACGGAGGCCAUGCGGAUGGAGAGAGAAGCUCUCCUAGCAGAGAUGGGCGUGGCUCUUCGAGAGGACGGGGGCACCGUUGGGGUCUUUUCCCCCAAGAAGACUCCCCACUUGGUGAACCUGAACGAGGACCCCCUGAUGUCAGAGUGCCUGCUCUACCACCUCAAAGACGGCGUCACCAGAGUUGGCCAGGAGAAUGCGGACAUCCGGCUGAGCGGGCAGUUCAUUCAGGAGCAGCACUGCGUUUUCCGCAGCGUCACCUGCGAGUCGGGAGAAGUCGUGGUCACCCUGGAGCCGUGCAGGGGGGCUGAGACGUACAUCAACGGGAAGCAGGUGAUGGAGCCCCAGGUGCUGCGAUCAGGCAACCGCGUGGUGAUGGGCAAGAACCACGUGUUCCGCUUCAACCACCCUGAGCAGGCCCGGCUGGAGCGUGAGCGCAGCGUGCCCCCCGAGGGCCAGGCGGAGCCCGUGGACUGGAACUUCGCCCAGAGGGAGUUGCUGGAGAAGCAGGGCAUUGACAUCAAGCUGGAGAUGGAGAAGAGGCUGCAGGACCUGGAGACGCAAUACCGCCGAGAGAAGGAGGAAGCGGACUUGAUCCUGGAGCAGCAGAGGCUGUAUGCAGAUUCGGACAGUGGCGACGAUUCGGACAAGCGCUCGUGCGAGGAGAGCUGGCGUCUCAUUUCCUCGCUGCGGGAGAAGCUGCCGGCCACCAAAGUGCAGACAAUUGUACGCCGCUGUGGCCUGCCCAGCUCAGGCAAGAAGCGGGAGCCACUACGGGUGUACCAGAUUCCGCAGCGCAGACGAGCAGCCAAGGAUCCCCGCUGGCUGACCUUGGCUGACCUCAAGAUGCAGGCAGUCAAGGAGAUCUGCUACGAGGUGGCCCUCAACGACUUCCGGCACUCCCGCCAGGAAAUCGAGGCCAUGAGCAUCGUCAAGAUGAAGGAACUCUGCCGCCUCUACGGCCGGCGUGACACAAAUGAGCGUGAGAGCUGGCGCGCCGUGGCCAGGGAUGUCUGGGACACAGUGGGUGUGGGCGAGUCGGAGGGCCCCACAGGAAGCAAUCCAGCAUCUGGAAACACGGAGACCCAGGUCAGCACGCCAGGCGUGGAAGUCAGCGACCUCCGGGCACAUAUUGACAAGCUGACAGACAUUCUGCAGGAAGUGAAGAUCCAGAACAACAUGAAGGAUGAAGAGAUCCGGUCACUGCGAGACCGGGUGGUGAAGAUGGAACAGGUCAUCCCCGUCUCGCCCCAGGAAGACGAAGAGCUGGAGCAGGAGUGGCAGUCGCUGCUGUUGGCACAGGAGAGCCGAGCUUUUGUGGCUGAGGGGGAGACCGGGGGGUCAGGGGAGGCCAUGACUCCCCAGGAAGAAGAGGGGUCCUUGCCCUGCGACCGUGUCUCCCGCCUGAUGAAGAAGGACCCUGCCUUCCGCCGGGGGCGCCUCCGUUGGCUCCGCCAAGAGCAGCUGCGCCUUCAGAACCUGCAGCCGCAGCAGCCGCAGCAGCGCCGGGGGCCCAGCCGCUUCAUCCCCCCGCAGGACUGCAAGCUGCGCUUCCCCUUCAAGAGCAACCCGCAGCACCGCUACUCGUGGGGGCCCAGCACCGCCUUCAUGGUGGGAGAGGAGAAGGAAGGGCCCCCCGUUGAGGAGAUGCCUCGGGCCCCCAGCCCCAACAGCCACGGCAGUCCCCCUGUGCCGCUGAAGCAGCCUGCCCGGCGCCACUCCCUGGAAGGGGGCCCACGGGGCAGGCGCAGCAAGGGCAGGGGGCAGGAACAGCAUCCCCCACGCAAGCAUAACUAUUACCCUUACCAGCACCAGCCCUACCCACAGCGCCGUUCUGGGGUCCUGGAGGGCCACACCCCACCCCGCAUGCGCCGGCAGAGAUCGGCACCCAACCUGCAGCAGGAGAAUGCCGGCGCUCAGUGAUUCUGCCAGGUGGCUGCUCCUGCACCUCCUUUUCCAGGGGGCAGUGGGGAGGAGCCCCCCCCCCUUGCAGGAGGGGUGGUGGCUUAGCACAGCCCCAAAAGGGUAGGGCGCUGUCUCUGCAGUCUGUGGGGUCCUUGGGGGUGCUGUGCCGCCAUUUGCUUGGAUCGGCGUAGUAGUCGUAGGGCCCAGGUGCAGCCCUGUGGGGGGGGGCAGGUUGUGGGCCUGCCUGGGCGCAGCUGCAGGGAUAUUCCCCACCCCACCCCAGAGCAGCCUUAGGGGCCGAUGGGGGAAUCCAGGGCAGCAGGGACUUGUGGAGGGGUCUUCCCCUUGCUUCAUGCGGGAGGUGGGCCGGGGACGAUGAACCUGUUUGAUAUCCUAAAUGGGGGCAAAAGGGAGGGGUCCUUAAGGGGGAGAGGCAGAUGUAGCGUGAAGCAAAAUCUGUUCUUGGGGCAAAAAGGCAGAACUUCAAACUUUGCUGCCAGCCCCCCCUCGCCCUAUAACAGUUCCAAGGCUGUAUAGAAGCCUCAUCCUAUUUGGGGCUGGGGGGGGGCCCACAAAUGUCUUUGUUCCUGCUGAUUCUAUUAAUUGAAGUCUCCCGGGAGCCCCCCUCCCUCCCCAUCGCACUCUGCCACUUUAGGGCACCCUUGACCCCCCUGCCAAGGGGGGAUGGAGAGGGAGGGGCCCGCCUCUGAGAGCAUUUUGUCAUCAGCCCCCAAUUCGCUGCUUCAGGGGAAGCGGGCAUCCAAGCCCCCCCACGGAAGGCUCUCUAGAAGUUGCCAGUGGGGGAGGGUUGUGCCCAUGCUCUGCUGGGGGUGAGGGCAGCUAUAUCUGAAGCGCUGGUCUUCGUGCUUGGGGGGAGAUGUGGGGCUAUGUUCUUCGGUUGGCUACCUGUUCCUGAAUAAUAAAGGUGGCAGAACACCCACCUGUUGCCUCCAGCUCUUUGGGGUGGGGAGCCUGGGGAAGCCUGCCCCCUCUGAAGCACACCUUGCUGUCCCCACUGCUGUCUGCCAUCCCUCAGCUGCCCUAUAGCACAUAGCUCCCCCAAUCCUGAAUCUGGAGGCGGGGGGGGGGGGGAUUGCCCAGCUUCCUUCCCACUCUUGUGGCCUUGACAGACCCUCCUCGGCCACCUUGUUUACGGCAACCCCACCUCUCCUAGGAAUUGGGGGUGGGGACAGGAGCGUCUGCAAGGGGGCUACAGUGACCAGGGUGAGUGAGCCUCCAGCUGACCUGAACCCACCAGUCCUGGGAGAGGGGAAGGGAUGCUCUCUGGGUGGAGCCCCCUGAACAGAUGACGGGAGAUGGGGGUAGCAAAUGCUGCGGUUUGGAGGAGGGGGCAGCUCGCAGUCUUAGAGAAGCUGUGAUUCAGUUUUUCCAGAAGAGGGUCUCCUUGCCCAGGUGGCCCCAGCUGAGCCCGGAUCUUGCCAGCUUUCAGUACCAUCCAUUAUGCCACCCUGAUUGGUUUCCAGAUUUGGGGGUGGAUGGCAAGAUGAUGUGAUUGUUCUCCCUGCACAGGGAGGGUCUGUGGUCUGUCAAGGCUUAACUCUUCCAUAACAUCUUGAAGUGGGGGGUGGGGUGGGGGCGGAGUCACCCACCACUCAGAGCAGGGAUGGUUUCCUUUUUCUGGGAUCUCUGCCUGGGUGGGAUUACAUCCCCCAUAAUCUGGGGGUCCUCUCAGCCCCUGCUAGAAGGGCAGGUGGCAGCUGUAGCUGGGAGGCCUUCCAUGGGCUGGUUCUAGACUACCGUGUUUUUUCUGGGGCUGCCCUUGCUUCACUUCGCUCUACAGGGUUCCUAACUCUCAGCCUCCGCAGGAGGGGUGACUGGAGCCUCACAGGGGGGCCUCCCCAUACCUCCUGGUGCAUGCCAAGUGGCCGAUUAUCCCUCAGAUCAGGAGGUUCCACUUCAGCUAGCAACUUUAAAACCUGUGGACUUCCCGCUCCCAGGAUUCCUGAGCCAGCCAUGCUGGGGAAUUCUGGGAGUUGAAGUCCACAGGUCUUCAAAUUGCCAUGGUGGAACGUCCUUGUUUCUAGAUCCUCCUUUGCAGCAGCUGCAAUGCCUGGAGCCAGCUGCCUUCCGUCACUCCCCACCCCCCUUCCGCUCCGAGACUUGAAAGAGGGGGGGUCCUUCCCGUCCUGUCUGUGAAACGGGGAGCCUGGCAGGACCCGGGAAGAUAACUCGCAUGCCGGACCUGCCUUUUGAGGCAUAUUUUCUCCAAGGCUUUGACUCCUCUCCCCCGAAUGGGGGCCAUCCCGAAGGAAAUCUGUUCCAGAAGUUUGCUUUUUAUCCGUUUCCCCUUUUUGCCUUUUGCUCUCCUACAGGCGGGGAGAGCAUCUCUGUGCAGUGGGGAAAGCUCCCUGGGCUGGGUAGGGGUCUGUUUGCCAACCGGUCCGGCAGGAGAGGGUGUACUGCACUCGGGACGCGCUCAGAGGCUUGUCCGGCCUGGAAAACGGAGGAGAGGGGGAGGCAGCGUCAGAGGCGGCUGG